UGCUAGGAAGGAACCCCUUGAUGCCCCUCCUCUAGGACUGUGAAACUGUAAGAGUGGAGAGAGAGUAAGAGAGCGAGGCAGCAAGACAGAGGGAGAGAGAGACAGCGUAGUGUACACACAGGAUCUGUAUGAAACAGCCUGAGAGUGGGAGAGACCGAGAAAAAAGAAAAAUCGCAGAAAACAAAUGGAAGGAAGAAAGGCAGAAGCUGGAACUCAACAAAAGAGAGGGAUACAUUAUAUUUAUUAAAUUAAACGAAGCACCGGAAGAGUAAAAAGGGUGGAUAACUCAUCCGAUAAACAUCAGUUCCCCUGAUGCCACGUGGAUUAAAGAAAGUGAGGAAACAAGGGACUGAAAGAGUGCAACACUCAACUGUACUGGUUUGGAACUGAGGAAAAUAAUUUGAGGAUUUUUUUUUUUUACUUCUGAAAUAAAGAGAUGCUGUUGCUUUCUUCAAAAACAACAUGGUACUGCUUGUAAGUAAUGACUCAUAAAUCCUUUGCGUAAAGCAAACAGAUUGCUUCUCUGAACUGCCAUGAGUGCAGCACUCAGCUCAUACUUAUUUUAACUGAGCUUGACAGAAUGCUGACGUUCUUGAAGAUCUUAUCGAAGUCUGCAGCAGCCAACCAAAUCUUCUUUUAGGGCUCUCCUGCCAUAAUUCAAAUGCCACAACUAGCAGACAACACCGACUUUUAAGAUUAAGGAGCGCCGAAGUGAUGAUAUCUGUCUCGGGCAUGGGGCAGAAGCUACAACUCUUCAUUGGCUCCUGAACUCCUGAAAGCUCCCUGCAGUGAGAGCUAUCACACUUAAAACACGAGCAGCUAAUCAGACCUAUUGGCAAACAAAGCAUCGGUGCUGGAACUCUUCGGAUGUUUGGAGUAAACUCUGACAUUUGAUUUAGAGUGUGCUUCAGAUCCCAUCUUGCCAUCCCAUCUAAACCACUGUGUUCUUAAUGUGUGUGCAUCUACUCUUGUAGCACUCUGGCUGCUCUGCCAACCUCCAGCAGCAUCCUGACGGCACAAUGCUGUGUGCUCAGGGUGUGGCCGCCCAUCUGAUGCUUAGCUCGCUCCUGUUGCACUUGGCCAGGGCUAGCCUACCUGCUGGUUGCCUUAAAGUAUCAGACAUCCUAAGCUGCAGCAAUCUUGGACUGAAGUGGAUACCAAAAGAGUUACCAGUAAUGGCCGCCACCUUGGAUUUUAACCACAACCAUCUGAGCAAGCUAGAGGAAGGCAGCUUCGCUGGACUUCCCCAUCUCGUAACCCUACGGCUGGCCUACAACCAUCUGAGCAACCUCUCCCCUGGAACUUUCCGAAACACAAGCAGUCUGCGCCACCUUGACCUUUCCUCCAAUCAGCUGAUCAAGGUGGAUAAUCAUUACUUCCAAGACCUUGUGGGAAUGGAGGAGCUGCUUCUCUUCAAUAAUCAUAUUGUUAGAGUGGAAAGCAAAGUAUUGACCAGCCUGAGCAACCUGCGCAAGGUCUACCUCAGCCAUAAUCUUCUGACUGACUUCCCAUUCUUCUCCAUUCAGGAGCAUAGCCAUCCUUUUCUUGUUACACUGGACCUAAGCUCUAACCGCAUGGCCAAGCUACCAGUUGAGGACAUUGCAGCUCUGCCAGCUUCAGUUCAAGGUGGACUAUUCUUGCACAACAACAGUCUGAUCUGUGACUGUGCAAUGUAUAGCAUGUUCAAGCAAUGGGAGCAAAAAAACUUCAUCUCAGUCAGGGAUUACCAAGUGGAGCAUACAUGCUUAGUAUAUGGGGAACCUCGUGCCACAGUGCAGUUUCUUGAACACACUCGCUUCUUUGAAAACUGCACUGUAAAGGGACAGAACCAGUUGGGGGAAACAGAGAAUAAUGUGAAAGUGGACGUGGGAGACCCAGUGUUGCUAGAAUGUAAGACUUCACUGAAGGGGCAGCAUCUCACCUACCAGUGGGUAUCCCCACACAGGGAAUAUAUUGUCCCACCAGGCAACAAUGAUGCAAUGCGAAUGUAUGCAAAUGGCAGCCUGGAGAUUACUGCAGUACGAGUGAAGGACUCUGGCGUGUACUGGUGUAUGGCACUGGACCGCCAAAAUUUACAGAACGAGACCUGGGAAGUAAACAUCACAGUGAUGACGCAUUCCCAUGAGCCUGAGCCCUUCAACACUGGCUUUACCACUUUGUUGGGAUGUGUGGUUAGCCUGGUACUGGUUCUUAUUUACCUUUAUCUGACACCCUGCCGCUGCUGGUGCCGCAAGCAGCCACUACCUGCAGCACCCAGUCCUGCAAAUGAAUGCAGUGCCCAGUCUUCGAUCCUGACGCCUACGCCACCUGCCACCACGGAGGGUCCCGGCCGCAAGGUGCGUCAAUUCUCUCGCUCGGCUGGCAAACACUCUCUCACUCCUGACAUAUGGAUCACUCUUUCGACUCCACAGUAACGUCUGAGAGGAGUGCAUACGCAACUGCGAGACCAGAAAAUUCAAGAAAUGUCUGCUUAGCCAUGAUAAUUCCUCUCUGAACAAACAAUGAAUUUACGGGACAUGGUUUCAGACACAACAGAUGGAAUGGACGCUGCCCACGCUGUAUUCACUGGCAGAAGCCGUGAAGAAAAUGCCACGGCAAAAACUGGUGAUACUGGAAAUGUCUGAUUGAAGCUGCCACGGUUCUCAAAAGACGCUUUUUGCUCCAAUUUAAAGCAAUGAGGAAUGAAAUAACGUAGUCCAAAUGAUGUCAGAUGUGUGUCAUAAGUGUGUGCAGAUUGACAACAAGGAAUGUGAAUGACGUAGAGAAUAAGGCAUGGACGAUAAUAAAGAUGGAACAAUAACACAAUAAUGUGUGUCAAAUAAAUGUCGUUUCUAUACUGUGAGUCACUUUAUUGAUGCGUGAGUAACGAGAACGACAUUUUUAUACUGAGUAACAAGAGCGACAUUUGGUAGGAAAGAACUCAAAGCGCUAAUAAAUUCAUCUAAAAGAUAAAUGCCACUGAUUAUAUUAAACACAUUUUCAAACAUGAGUCCAAGAUGAGGAGAUAAUGGCCAAAGAAAACAGAUGCAAGACGAGCACAAUAUGAAGUGUUCUCCACAGCAUAUAGCUCGCUUCAGCAGUUGCCAAACUCAGUGAUGCAGUUUCAACAGAGCACAAAUCAAAAGUGAUGUAUUUCCCAACUGUGAGGCUCAAUCUGUGAAAGAGUGUCCAGUACAGUGAACAUUAAUAAUAUCGUUUACGGCUCUUCAAUCAACAGAGCAGCCACAUAAACGCAAGAAGAUACAAAACACCCACAGUGUCAGCAAAAAAUCUGAAAAUCAUUUCAACAGCUUGGUGAAUUGGGGGGAAAAGGUCCCAGACUGUCACCUGGAUUACAUUCACAAUCUAACAAAGAAACUGUGCCUGUGCAAACAAAGACUGAUAUUAAGAGGUAUACAGAAAAGCAAGUCAGGCUGGAAUCUCAUAUGAAGCAGUAGAGUUCAAUAAACGGCUAUUACGUGACACGAAAUUAAGCCGUCACCUCGCAGUUAAGACAAAAUAAAGACGCUACUGAGAUUCAAGUAAGAUAAUGAUCCUUUAUUUAUCACAUAUACAUAUGCACAGUGAAAUUCUUUUCUUCACAUACCCCAGCAUGUCAGGAAGCUGGGGUUAGGAGGUUG